AUGGUGGAGAGCGAAGAUGUGUCAUUACAAAUUCAUGAGUACCCCAAGCUUGUCAACGAAUUGAAAAAUGAGGACGUUGAUCUACCUGAAACAUUUGACUACAAGAACAACAUGAGGCACAAAAGGAAGGAAAUGAGCUUUGAAGACUUAAUUGUGCACAUCCGAAUAGAAGAAAAGAAUCGUAUGCAAGACAAAGUCAUCAGAGCCAAAGAAAUUUCUUCCAAAGCCAAUGUCAUCGAAGCUAAAUCUUCCAAGCAUUACAAUAAAUCUAAAUUUUCUAACGCUAAGCAUGACAACAGAUCACAACCCAAGCAUGAGAACAAGUUAAGGUCAACCAACAAUCAAUCAAACUUCAAGAAGAAGGGAAGUUGCUUUGUAUGUGGAAAACCUGGGCACCAUGCACAUGAAUGCAGGCAUAGGAGGAGAGAUGACAUUCCAGCUAGAGCAAACAUGAUCAAAGCAGAUGAUAUCAUCGUUGCGGUCAUCUCUGAGAUAAAUAUGGGGACCAAUGCUAAAGACUGGGUGGUAGACUCUGGAGCUACUAGACAUAUAUAUGGAAAUAGGAACGCGUUCACAUCUUACACCCCACUUAGAGAUGGAGAAGAACAUGUUUUCAUGGGGUGA